AUGAAGUUCUUGCUAGCAGUUCUCUUUUUCAUUCUGUUCUCCUUAUGGAUUGAAGAAGUCUGUUCUAAAGAGAAAUCUUCAAAGAAAGGGAAGGGGAAAAAGAAGCAAUAUCUAUGCCCAUCCCAACAAUCAGCUGAAGACCUUGCAAGAGUACCUGUUAAUUCUACCAGCAAUAUCUUGAAUAGGCUAUUGGUCACUUAUGAUCCCAGGAUAAGACCAAAUUUCAAAGGGAUUCCAGUUGACGUAGCGGUCAACAUUUUCAUUAACAGCUUUGGAUCAAUUCAGGAGACAACUAUGGAUUACCGAGUUAAUAUCUUCCUAAGACAGAAGUGGAAUGACCCCAGACUUAAACUGCCCAAUGACUGGAGGGGUUCUGAUACUUUAACAGUGGAUCCCACAAUGUUUAAAUGUCUCUGGAAACCAGAUCUCUUCUUUGCAAAUGAAAAGAAUGCCAACUUCCAUGAUGUCACUCAAGAAAAUAUUCUUCUUUUUAUAUUUCGGGAUGGAGAUGUCCUAGUCAGCAUGAGGUUAUCUGUAACUCUGUCAUGCCCUUUGGACUUGACCUUGUUUCCUAUGGAUACACAGCGUUGCAAGAUGCAAUUGGAAAGCUUUGGUUAUACAACUGAUGAUUUACGUUUUAUUUGGCAAUCUGGAGAUCCUGUUCAGUUAGAGAAAAUUGCUUUGCCUCAGUUUGACAUUAAAAAGGAGGAUAUUGAAUAUGGUAACUGUACCAAAUAUUACAAAGGCACAGGUUAUUACACUUGUGUAGAAGUAAUCUUCACUUUAAGAAGACAAGUUGGAUUUUACAUGAUGGGUGUUUAUGCUCCUACACUGCUAAUUGUUGUUCUGUCCUGGCUGUCAUUUUGGAUCAAUCCUGAUGCAAGUGCUGCAAGAGUCCCAUUGGGUAUCUUCUCGGUGCUCAGCUUGGCAUCCGAAUGUACUACUCUUGCGGCUGAACUCCCCAAAGUGUCCUAUGUGAAGGCCUUAGAUGUUUGGUUGAUUGUUUGCCUCCUGUUCGGGUUUGCUUCACUGGUUGAGUAUGCAGUGGUUCAAGUAAUGUUGAACAAUCCAAAGAAAAUUGAAGCUGAAAAAGCAAAAAUUGCCAAGGCAGAGCAAGCAGAUGGGAAAGGUGGAAAUGCAGCCAAAAAAAAUACAGUGAAUGGAACAGGCACUCCUGUCCACAUCAGCACUUUACAGGUUGGUGAGACCAGAUGCAAAAAAGUUUGCACUUCGAAAUCUGAUCUGAGAUCCAAUGAUUUCAGCAUCGUUGGAAGUUUGCCAAGGGAUUUUGAAUUAUCAAACUAUGAUUGUUAUGGAAAGCCCAUUGAAGUCAACAAUGGGCUUGGGAAAUCUCAAGCCAAGAACAACAAGAAACCUCCUCCUCCCAAACCCGUCAUUCCAUCAGCAGCAAAACGAAUUGAUCUUUAUGCAAGAGCACUGUUUCCUUUCUGCUUCCUGUUCUUCAAUGUCAUAUACUGGUCUAUAUAUUUAUGA